CUUUUUGAGUUUUUUCUCCAUUCACAAAAACAUUUCCGAAACAAAUCAAAUAACGUUAAAAUUCCGAACGUUAAAAUUCAUUAUAGCUUCCCCCGAAACCCAAAACAGAAGGAACGGAUACAUGGCAUGUACCGUUGCGAUUAGCUCACCAGUCUUCUCGCCUUCCAGAAUUUCAGUCCACUGCAAAGCCGCCGCCGCCGCCGCAUCUUCCUCUUCGCCGGAGGCUCUGACCCGCUCACUCUCUCCUUCAUCCGUGACGUCUCCGUCUCCGUCUUCACCUUUGCGGAUUCUUCGUGCCUCGAAGCCGCAUCCCAGCGGAUUGAUUCGACCUUCUACUCCUGACUGUUCCUCUUCGACCUCCUCCACGGUUUGGAAGCGAAACCGGCCGGCGAGGUUGGAUAUCCCCAGCGUUACGGUGACCUUUGGGGACUGUCCGGACGCAGGUUCUGUUAUGGGAGAAGAUCUGGUGGAGUUUGAGGGAGAUGGGUACUCGGUGUGCUGUAAACGCGGGAAGAGAAGAAGGGCUAUAGAAGAUCGGUACUCGGCUAUGGUCAAUCUCCGUGGAGAUUAUAAGCAGGCUGUUUUUGGUGUAUUUGAUGGGCAUGGAGGAGCAAGUGCGGCUGAGUAUGCAUCACAAAACUUGGCCAAGAACAUCUGGGAUGAAAUAGAAAAGAGCAGUGGCGAUGAUGAUGAAAUUAAGGAGGCGGUGAAGAAUGGUUACUUGAAAACAGAUACCGAAUUCUUGAAACAAGAUCUGCAAGGUGGAUCUUGCUGUGUUACAGCAUUUAUUAAUAACAGCAAUCUUGUGGUUUCCAAUGCUGGGGAUUGUCGAGCUGUUGUGAGCAAUAGUGGCAUUGGAGAAGCUCUUACUUCUGAUCAUCGACCUUCAAGAACGGAUGAAAAGGAACGAAUUGAGGCUUUGGGUGGCUUUGUAGGCUGUAGUCAUGGUGUGUGCAGAAUUCAGGGAUCUCUGGCAGUGUCUAGAGGCAUUGGGGACCGGUCACUCAAGCAAUGGGUUAUUGCAGAACCAGAAACGAGGGUAAUAACCCUUCAUUCUCAACUGGAGUUCUUGAUCCUUGCUUCUGAUGGCUUAUGGGAUAAGGUAAUUUGCAGUUUUCAUGCCAACUUUUGAUUUCAUCUCUUUAAACAGUCUUCAGUGAUGUAGUUAUAAUAAAUAUGUUUAUUGCUCCUAAGUUAACCAUUUAACUCUAACUUCAGGUAAAUGCUUUUUUGGUCUACAACUGUAGCAAUAGUACUUUUAAAGUAUGUUUUGGCAAUUUGAACUCACUGCCUUCAAAAUAUUGAUAGGCGCCAGAAAGAACUGCUCAAAUUGUGUAUCUAGUGAAUUGGUGUGGUUGGCUUGCCAAGUCUAUGUAAAUAUAAAAAUGCUAAUAUUGCAUUUUGAAGAAAAAAUGAAAAACAUAUAAUUAGCAUCUUUAAGAAAUAGCAUUCUGUCAAAAAGCUUUCCAUCUUUUUUAAUGGAGCCAAAGACUCACUAUUUUUUGGCUUCAGAAUAUGAUGGAAUAAAGUAAAAUGGUUCACUAAACUGUCUGCGCUUCUUUGUUAUGAAGUAACAGUCAGUCUAUGCAAUUUGCAACGCGAUUUUCACUAUGGGUCAUUCGGAAACAGUCUCUCGCUGCUUUAGUACAAGGGUAAGUUUGCGUACAUUCGACCCCCCUUACCCCACUGUAGGGUGGCAGCCUUUGCGGCACUGGGGUAAUGAUGAUGAUGGAGCAUUCUGUCAAAAAAAUAAUAAAAUUGUUUUGUGCACUUAGCACCAAAUGCAUUUCAAGUUCUUUUUGCUGAAUUCUUCAAUACCCGAUAAGGCGAUAACCCACCGAACGACUAGGGUUAAAUUCUCUAUAUUUUGGAAUAAUCGGUCUAAAUUGGCAAAACUUUUUUAACGAUGCUAUAUUUUUCUAACGCUAUGGUUACGAACUUGAAAUGCAUUUACUUAAGUUACUAACUAUAGAAAGCUCUCAUCUCAUAGGAGCCAAGGAUUCCAUUUUUGCCUUAUUAAGUGGCCUAGUUGCCCGAUCUAGCCCUAAUAAAUUUCGCAGCUCUGGUUUUACCUUAUGUGACUAAUUUACCAACUUUGCUCAUCAGGUUAGCACACAAGAAGCAGUAGACGUUGCCCGGCCUUUCUGCAUUGGCUCCGAUAAGCCCCAACUGCUGUCAUGCUGCAAGAAACUGGUCGAUCUUUCGGUUUCUAGAGGCUCUUCCGAUGACGUGAGUGUGAUGCUAAUUGCAUUGGGAAAAUUUUGUGGCUACACAUAACUGUCGAAACCUAUGUAGGCUGAGUAACCCUUCUGUGCUAUGUUCUACAAAUAUUGCCAUUUCUUGAAACAGUGAUGACAUCUCUCUGACUGGAAGAUGAUAAAAAGAAGACUCUAGUUUAGAAGAUUCAUUUAUUCGGGCUUGUAUUUUGGCCUGUGAUUUCACCAUUCUUAUACAUUCUUUUAUAUGUAAAAGUAAAUAACCACUAUUAGUGUUUUCAUUAUUGCUCC